AUGCAGAUUAUUCACCUCCUGACUAUACUGGUGUGGUGUGUCGUAGAGCGUGCAGGCUCGAGUCUGAUCAUAGACCUCACACAUCCACUAUCAUCCUCGACAAUCUACUGGCCCGGAGUACCUAGUUUCAACAGAACUCGACUGGUGGCUGGCGUCAACAAAAACAAUGUUUGGAUUGAAAUAGGCGUAUUUACGUCUGGGGAACAUGGGGGAACCCACAUUGAUGCCCCGCGUCAUUUCAACCCUAAAGGAUACGAUCUGAAGGAUCUGCCGCUAGAGCUGACAAUUGCUGACGGGAUUAUGAUAGACGCCAGAGCAGAAGCGGCAAACAACAGUGACUACGCUCUCACGGUGCACAAGAUUGAAGAGUGGGAGAUACAGCAUGGACGGAUACCAGACCAAGCUGCUGUGAUUGUAAACACAGGAUGGACUCUAAGAUGGCCCAAUCAACGUUUGUUCUUCAACUCCAACAACACAGACGAUCCAGAAACAUUCCACUUCCCAACAGUUUCCAAAGAGGCGGCCCAAUGGCUGGUUACACAUCGGCGACUCAAAAUGUUGGGAGUUGACGUUCCCGCCCCUGACGGACCACGUGACACGAUGUUUCCUGUCCACUCACUUCUGCUGCCCAGGAACAUCGUCAUCCUGGAGAACUUGAUGAUCCCAGACUCGCUUCCACCACGUGACUUCCGGCUCCACGCCUCACCAAUCAGGAUUGAGGGCGGAAGUGGUACACAGGCCAGGAUCUACGCCAUGUUGUAUGAUGACAUCAACAGUUUGAGUUCCAGUCGUUUUUACAUUUGUUUUCAAACGUACAUGCUUAUUAUUUUUCUACCAUGUGUCUACAGUCUUUUACUAUAG